UCCACAAAUUGCAUUUGUUUAAAAGUCUGCACUCUCGUGUGUGUAAACAACCCGCAAGAUGAAAAGUCAAGUGUUCAUUCAUUAAUUCCUCCUUGAUCAGUUUGUUAAGACUGCGGCAAUGUAUGCUGUUGAAUUUUCAUAAAAUCUGGCAAUUGUUUAGUGAAGAAAAUAAGGAAGUGAAUCAUGUCUGUGACAUCGGAAAAUCCGACGGCGGUUCGGAGGCGGGUCCUUACUCUUGCUGUUUCAAGUCUUUUGACUGAGCUAGGCUUUGAUCAUGCCGAUAAAAUGGCCGUGGAGACUCUGGUAGAAAUGAUUCAAAGCUUUUUGACAGAAGUGGGAAACAGCAGCAAGUCCUACUGUGAGCUAGCAGGGCGCACAGAACCAGUCAUAGGUGAUGUGAUUAUUGCUCUGGUCAACAUGGGUUACAACCUAGAUGGAAUCCAAGCCUAUGGUCGACGACCAGCACGCACAACAUUACCACAGCCCGUUCCAUCUGCUGCGCCAAAGCCUACAAACAUUCUACAAGCUGGUUCAAAGCAGAAGUUCCCUUCUCACAUUCCAAAUCAUAUGCCAGAGUUCCCUGACCCUCACGCUUACAUCCGAACACCAACUCAUAAACAACCUGUGACUGAGUAUGAGGCCAUUAGAGAAAAAUCAGCACAACACAAAAGAGACCUUGAGAGAGCUCUUUGCAAGUUUAUCACUAAAACCAACGAUACUCAAAGUUUAUUUCAAGGUCCAGACACCAUGUUUCCAUUGGUUGCUGUGAAACCAAAAUUUCCCCCAUACCUUGAUGCUCUUCUGCCCAGAGACCAGAUUUUUGACUUUGAAGAAGAAAAUGUACAUCAAGUUCCGCGCAAACCCAAGAAAGAGGCUGAAGUGGCUGAAAGGAAGGAAGUUGAAGAAGAGGAUCAGAAAGGAGAAACUGAUACCAUUGACAACCCUUAUUUAAGACCAGUUAAAUUACCUAGAAAAAAAUUUAAGUUGAAAUAGUAUGUAUUGUUGGAAUUUACAGUUGUGUAUGAUUUGUUUUCUAACAGUUGACUUCAAAUGUUGUUAACUUGUCUGUGAUGGUGAAAAUUCAUGAUUGUAUUCAACAUUAUUGAUUUUGCUGGUAAAUCUGUGAAUUGUUUGCCUCUAUGAAAUCACAAAUUUUUUGUAUUGGUAACUUUGUAAAAGUAUAUUUAUUAUUAAUGGUGAAGCCUUUUUCUUGUACAAAAUAUGAUUAGUGUCAAAACAAUCAAAUAAAUUUUUUAAGUUUA